CAAGAGUACAGCAAACGCGAUAGCGUCAGGACUCCGCGGAGCAAAGCUCGCCACAGCGCUCCUCUCCACGCCUCGCCCAUCAUCACAUCCCAUCCCAGCGGCCCGGAUUUGGACUCGACGCCGCGGCCAAAUCUUUCGCGGCCGCGAUCGCACACGCCAGGCAAGGAGUCCAACCCCAACCCCGAGAUGGCGACGACAACCGCGGCGGCGCCGGCGGCCGGGUACGGCGCGGACGGCGUGUACCGCUCGCUGCGCCCGCCGGCGCGCAUCCCGUCCGACCCGGGCCUCUCCGUCGCCGACCUCCUCCUGCGCCGCGCCGACGCGUGCCCGGACGCGCCCGCGCUGAUCGACGCCGCCACGGGCCGCGCGCUCACCUUCGCCGGCCUCCGCUCCGCGGUGCUGACGACGGCCGUCGCGCUCGCCUCCCGCGCGGGCGUCCGCCCCGGCGACGCCGUGCUCCUCCUCGCGCCCAACUGCGUCCUCUACCCGGUCUGCUUCUUCGCGGUCACCGCCGCCGGCGCCGUCGCCAGCACCGCCAACCCGCUCUACACCCCGCGGGAGAUCGCCAAGCAGGCGUCCGACGCCCGCGCCAAGCUCGUCGUCACCGUGGCCGAGCUGCUCCCCAAGGUCGCCGCCCUCCGCCUGCCCGUCAUCCUCCUAGACGACGCCGCCCCUCCGGCGACGGCCGACGUGACAGUGACGCUCUACUCCGACCUCGUGUCCGGCGCGGACGAGUCGGCCUACCGCCGCCCGCCGACGAAGCAGGGCGACACGGCGGGGCUGCUCUACUCCUCCGGCACGACGGGGGAGAGCAAGGGCGUGGUCCUGACGCACCGCAACUUCAUCGCGGCGGCGAUGAUGGUGACGUCGGACCAGGACGAGCGCGGGGAGCCGCCCAACGUGUUCCUCUGCUUCCUGCCCAUGUUCCACGUCUUCGGCCUCUCCGUCCUCACCUUCGCGCAGCUGCAGCGGGGCAACGCCGUGGUGGUCAUGUCGGGGUUCGCCAUGGACUCCGUGAUGAGGGCCGUGCAGCAGCACCGGGUGACGCACGUCUUCUGCGUGCCGCCGGUGAUGAUCGCGCUGGCCAAACACGGGCGGGCCGGCAAGCACGACCUCAGCUCGCUCAGGUUCAUCGGCUCCGGCGCCGCGCCGCUCGGCAGGGACGUCAUGGAGGCGGUGGCCAGGAACUUCCCCGACGCCGAGAUCGUUCAGGGCUAUGGUAUGACUGAGACGUGUGGGAUCAUAUCGCUUGAAUACCCAGAAAAGGGACAAGCUCGUCAGUUCGGGUCAACUGGAACACUUGUCGUUGGAGUUGAAGCAAAAGUGGUUGACGUAGAGACGCAAAAACAUCUACCACCAAGUCAACUAGGAGAAAUCUGUAUCCGGGGACCACAAAUAAUGGAAGGGUAUUUCAACAAUGUGGAGGCCACUGAUUUUACAAUCAAGCAAGGAUGGUUGCAUACUGGUGAUCUUGGAUACUUUGAUGAUGAAGGCCAGCUUUUUGUCGUUGAUAGACUAAAAGAGCUGAUUAAGUACAAAGGUUUCCAGAUUGCACCUGCUGAGCUUGAAGGAUUACUUCUAUCUCAUCCAGAGAUUCUGGAUGCCGUCGUUAUCCCGUUCCCUGAUGAUGAAGCUGGGGAAGUUCCUAUUGCCUAUGUGGUGAGGUCACCUGCCAGUUCAUUAACCGAAGUGGACGUCCAGAAAUUUAUCGCCAAGCAGGUCACGCACUACAAAAGACUGAGGCGGGUCACCUUCGUGGAGAGCGUGCCAAAGUCAGCCGCAGGCAAGAUCUUGAGAAGAGAGCUCAUUGCCCAGGUCAGAUCGUCCAAGUUGUAGGAAAAUCCGCUUCGAGAUCGUGCUACAUUUCCAAAAAUCUACUACCAUUGGGCGAUGCCGAGGCUUAAAAAUUCCUUUUGCCGGGGCAUCGUUUUCGUUUAUAUGGCGCAACAUAAAUGUCAAUCUCAACAUUGUACAAAAGAUUGUAUGUGACAAGACCAUUGUUCGAAUGUACCGUGCAUGACAUCUAUACAACGAAUGAAGAACAUGAAUAUCAA